AUCAGUAUUGUUUCGGUAACAAAAUGGCUGUCACACGUCGAGGUUAUAUUUUCAGUGCGUUUUUAUCAAGUGUUCUGUGUGUUUUAUUAAUUGUGGUUGCUUUGUCUAGUGAUAGUUGGGUAGUAUCGUUAGCCACUACAAAUGUCCAAGUCAGCGACAGUGAGCUGAGAUAUGGACUGUUCAGAGGCGAGCUGAUAUUAAGAAACCUCGCCACACCCAAUAUAAAUACUCUUUAUAUGACGUGUAUUUCAAACGUGAAUGCUUGCGCGCUCAGCUGUAAAACCGAUGCAGAUGCGAGGAUCGCUGAGGUAGAGGCGUUGGCGGCAGGUUUCCGGCCGUCCCCUGCUUGCCUCUCCAUCACGGACGUCGACGACACGGACCCACUUGAAAAGCCGCCGGUAAUAUCAUACGCAUUCUACGUGAGUGUGAUCACGAUACUAUGCGCUCAGCUGUUUGUGGCUGUCACUGCCGCCGGCCUGGCCAUCCUGAAUGCUACUAAGAACCCAACCGAACCCAUCUUCGGAUUACCUGGAUGUCUUUGGACGAACGUAGCCACUGCUUGUCUCGGGUGCAUUGUGAUGCUGAUGUUCGGUAUCUACUGGCUCACAAGCGGACUCAAUGAACAUCUAGCUCUGGCAUACAUCGCGCUGGGAACGUAUGAGGCAGGACCUGGUUUGGGGUACUCUUACUGGUUAUUAAUAGUAUCGAUCCUCUGUGCGGUUGGCAACAUCGCCCUCAUCCAAAUAAGAGCCUACCUCCUAGAGAGGGAUCCCCCACCGCCAAUGAUCAAAGUGGAAAACCAUUCAGACGGAACCAUAUUCCUGUAUUAAGAUGUACAAAUAAUUAUCGUAAUGGCUAAAAUCCUGAGUGAUUAAAACAGACCUGUGUCUGUACUAUGAACUCUCACAUCGGUUCUUUUGUUGAUGUGGUAGAGAGAAAGUAUACUCUUCGUAUAGCUGCAUCCCUUUCCCACAACGGUUAUAACUCUGAUGUAAGAUUUCAUAGUAAGCGCACUAAAAGUACGGUGAAGUAAGA